CAUAGCCGCUAGCUGGCGUAACAGUGGCUUUGUUGCGUAUUAGUGAGUAAAAGUUGAUAUACACACAGUUUAUUCGGUAUCUGCGAUCCCCCUUUACACGAGACAUUAAGCAGCAGUGAUGGACUCUCUGCUUUUGCACGGAGAGGCUGAAUGCUACAUCCAAGCUUUGGAAAGAGUAGCACUGCGAGACAUUGGGAGUCCCAGAUGGUUUCGGCAGCAUGAUUACAUCGAGAAACUCAACAUGCAAGCUAUUCUUCAGGCCAGCGCUAAUCAAGAAGAGUUUAUCAAAGACCUUUUUGUGUCGCAUGGAAAGGUUCCAACACUGGUUUAUGGAAUGAUACUUAUUGAAGUUUGGAAGCAGAAAGUGUUCCCUAUCCUCUGCAAGCUUCAGGACUUUACACCAAAGAGUACCUUUCCACUGUACAUGGUGAUUCACCAUGAAGCUACAAUCAUAAAUCUGUUGGAGACAAUCUUAUACCAUAAAGAAUCAUGUGAGGCAGCAGAUGAUGCUGUAGUGGACCUUACCGAUUAUUGCUUUCGUAAACUGACUCUGCUGGCAGAGUGCAGUGCAAGGAGAGAGAUCCCCACUGAAGAGAGAACCUCACAUGCUGAGGUCUCCAACAUCAACUCUAUACAGGAUUUGCAAAAUCAAAGCACAAUGUUAGAAUUUGAGAUCUCUCUUAAGGCCCUUUCUGUGCUACGCUACAUUACGGAUCAUGUAGAGAGUUUGAGUCUGAGUGUUCUCACAAGGAUGCUGAAUACUUAUAACCUGCCCUGUGUGUUGGUUCAAUUAGUGGAGAAUUCACCCUGGAGCCGUACCUCUGGAGGAAUUAUGCAGAAGUAUGAGUGUGGGAAGUGGAGAGAGAUUCCUGCAGAGGACAGGCUAAAAAUAACCAAACUUGAAGGACAGGUGUGGAUUGCUUUGCUGAAUCUACUGCUUAAACCUGACUGCCAGAAGAAAUAUGAUUUCAACAACGUCAACAAAAACCAGCUCCUAAAGCUGCGUGGCUUUUUGACAGAGGUUGUCAUCGAUCAGCUGCCAAAUCUUGCUGAUCUUCAGCGUUUCCUUUGCCACUUAGCUGUUACAGACCCUGCACCUCCAAAAAAAGACCUUAUCCUUGAACAGCUUCCUGAGAUCUGGAAUGAGAUUGUCGCAGAGAAUUCUGGGAAAUGGAAGGCCAUUGCCAAACACCAAGUAACAACGGUGUUCAACCCAUCUGAGAGUGAGCUGAGAGAACAAGCAAACAUGCUGUCUAAGACUUAUAAUCUUGAUGUGAUGGAGUGUCUCAUCCCAGACCACCCGAAGUGUGGUGCUUGUGGAGCGGUGGGGGCCAAACGCUGCUCACGCUGCCAGGGAGAGUGGUACUGCAACAGAGAAUGUCAGGUGAAGCACUGGCCCAAGCACAAACCUGCAUGCCAAAUGAUUGCCGAAGCUACAGAGAAACUACAGGAAAACCUGAACAUCAAGAACUAAUGCUGAACCCCUCUGCUUACUGAUUAUUAAGAGUCUGAGACUUUAUUUGCAGUCUCCAGAGAUCUGUGGAACACAAGGACUAUAAAUCUAAUCUAAUCUAAUCUAAUCUAAUCUAAAUACUAUUGCAUGAAUGACCUAGAACUUGGGGUGUUAUGGUUUUGAUGGGAAUUUAUUAACAGUGUCUUGGAGCCUGUGUGUGACUGCAUGCACUGCAAGAAUUUGACUUUUCUAAGAUAAUGCUUAUGAACAUUAAAGGGAAUUUUAUAUAU